AUGAGCAUGGAGGAGAAGGGCGAGGCGCCGUCCUCUAGCAGCAACGAUGCUCUUUCUGCCGAAGAGGAGCUUAAGAGGCUGCGGGAGAAAACAAGUGCGUGGAAGCAGUCAGUUGCUGUCCAGCUGAAUGAGGCGGCAAAAAAGAAUAAACAGCUGCGCGAUGAGCUCAAAGCGGCUAGUGUCAGUCACGAGGCGGAACUGGCGGCAAUGCGUGUGCAGCUUGACAAGGAGUUCCGUGAGCGGACGAUAUUAAAAGAUGAGGAAAUACAAGAACUCCAAAGGCUGAUCACGAAUCUCCGGGAGGAGAAGCGGCGCAUGGCGGAGCAGCACGAGAAGGAUGUGGAGCAAACCGCCACCCGCAUACGCGAAAAUUGUCAGAUGGAGAGGGACACGCAGUGGGAGGCGGAGCUGGCGCAGCGCGACGCAGAGGUGCGCGAGCUGCGUGACACCGUUGAGCGCAAGGAGAAGACGAUUCAGCAAUCCGACCACGAAGUGGCGGUGAUGAAUGCGCGUCUGGAGAGACUUGGGGAGCAGUACAAGGAGUUGUCGGCUCUCAUGACAAACGACGCCGGGCAGAUAGUUAGCGACGCCACUGGACCCAGCAGCAGCCCAGCGUACCAGCAGGUCCUAAAAGUGAGCGACGCGGCACAUCAGCAGCAGCUAGAAACGGCACGCUCGGAGCUGCGCAACCUGGAAGAGAAGCACGCCGGCAAGUUGCGAGAGGCGCAGCGGACGUUCGAGGUUGAACGGCAGCGGUGGAUGGACGACCUGUACCGACGCGAUGAGCAGCUCGCAACACUGCAAACUCUCCUGCGGCAGGCGCAGCACGAGGCGGCAACGGCGCAGCAACGGAUCGCCGGCGUCUUAGCGGAGAAGGAGCGGUCUGAGCAACGACUUGCGGAGAAGGUGGCGGUGCUCAGCAAGGAGCUGGCGUCCCAAAUGGAGCAGUCGCAGCAGCUUACACUGGAAGUGGGGCGUCUGCAACGUGAAGUGAGCCGCCACGAGGCAGUAGUGCACAGUCUGGAGGAGGAGGCGCAUAUGCGUGAGGAGGCCUUCACAUCGCUGAUGCUCUCCGAAGACAGCCGCGCCCUUGUGCAGGGGUUGCAGGCGGCUCUCCAGGAAAGCCGCGUGGAGACGGAGGAGUGGCGCCAGAAGUACGAAGAGGUGCUGCAGGAUGCGGGACGCACAGUGGUUGCUAUGCAGCACAAGGACGGCAGGGCUGGUGAUAACAGUGGUGAUGCCUCGCCUGAUAUGGUGCGGCGCGAGGAGGCACUUGCGGCGGAAGCAUCUAGACUGGAGUCAAAGGCGAAGCUCCUAAAGGCGACGGAGCAGCGGCUGGAGGAACUCAAGCGGUCGAUGGUGUCCCAGGCAAGUGUGAUUCUGCAACAACACGGGGGCGGUAGCGGCGACGGCUUUGGUGGACGCAUGAAGGAGAACGAAAGGCCCGGAAAAGAGCGACGUGGUGCCGCACUCCUUGCAGCACCACGACGGUACAUGCAGAUGAUGCGGGAGCAGAACGGCGGUGAAGGGUUUCUACCGCUAAAGCGUAUCCUCUCUUGUAUUCUAUUUAUACGGCUGCGCACGGCCCUGCCGAUAUUUCUGCUGAUGGUCUCCAUUGUUCUCAUUUUUCUCGUUACCCGGCGUGGGGCCGUGCCUCGCGAGACAACAGGUUUGAAGCGGCUUGGGGCAUAG